CUCCCCGCCCACUUCAGCUUUAGACACGCCCAGUCCCCGCCCCCUGCCUAGUCCUGUCCACUUCGCCCUAUAUCGCCGUGCAAGCGAGUAGCUUCAGGACAUGAACGGUGUAGUGAAGGCCGCCGCGUUGGCUGCGGGCGCUACAGGGUUUUUCUCGAGAGUCCAAACUGCAGCUGCAACAGGGAGAUGUUUUUCCACAUCACAGUCCCUGCAUCAAGCAUCAAGUCCUGUGUGGAGCCUGGGCCAGCUCAAUCAUGUGGCCAUAGCAGUGCCAGAUUUGGAAAAGGCCUCAUCAUUUUAUAGGGAUGUUCUAGGGGCCCAGGUAAGUGAGGCGGUCCCUCUUCCAGAACAUGGAGUAUCUGUUGUUUUUGUCAACCUGGGAAACACCAAGAUGGAACUGCUUCAUCCCCUGGGGAGUGACAGUCCAAUCGCAGGCUUCCUGCAGAAGAACAAGGCUGGAGGAAUACAUCACGUCUGCAUUGAGGUGGACAAUAUCAAUGCAGCCGUGAUGGAUUUGAAGAAAAAGAAGAUCCGUAGUCUGACUGAUGAGGCCAAAAUAGGAGCACAUGGGAAACCCGUCAUUUUCCUCCAUCCCAAAGACUGUGGUGGAGUCCUUGUAGAACUGGAGCAAGCAUGAUUUAUAAUCGCAAGAAACUUACUUAACUGACCUGAAAAACCCUUAUCAACACAAUCAGAUGUAUUAUGCUACUGCUUUUGCCACUUUAAAACUUUUAAUUAAUUACAGAGAGAGAAAAAUAUAUGUACAUGUGUAUACUUA